CUUAAAUUCGCUGCUGGUCCGGUAAACUGCAAACGCGUUAAGCAUUUCAAAAACUGCUAAUAAAAAAGAAACAUUACAAUUAACUAAGCAUUUUGAUUGAUUAAUAGCCUGUGAUACGUGUAAUAAUAAAACAUUUAAAAUGGAACCUAUGACUUUAGGAAGUCCAACUCAUUCGCCUUCUGGGAGCCCUAACGUGGGAUAUUUGCCUCCUUUCUUAUUAGGUGAAAUAAAUCCGCCGACUAUGACGACUAUGUCCCCGCGGACGAAUAGUUUAUCACCAACAAAAGGCCGUAGUCUUGCUUUCGGUUCACCAACGAGCCCAACUCAAACCUCAACACCAGACCAGAAAUUGUACCGACAGAAUAUGUCAAUGCAAAAACAAGCCAUGUACAACCAUCAGAACAUAUACCCUAACAUGCCUGCAUCACCUAAUGUUUCGUACUCUGCUAAAACAAACGGACCGCCUAUAGAAGAUUUAUUUGACACUAUAAAGAGUGAACCGUCUGUAAAUAAGUCGCUGUUUCAAGAGAAUAGUUUUAUGGGCUAUGGCAAUAAUAAUUCUUUAAUGCAGAAUUCCUAUGUAAAUAAUGUAAAUAACCAGUCGUAUGGAGCAUGGCAGGAUAACUGUCAGGAGUUGGAUGAGUAUUGGGUCACUGUGUUUGGUUUUCCGCCUAAUGCAGCCAAUACAGUACUAGCUAGAUUUAGUAACUGUGGUGCUAUACUUGACAAACAGUACCCCACACCAGGUAACUGGGCUCACAUUCGGUAUGCGACUCGUGCGGAGAAGGAGAGAGCUGUAGCCCUCAACGGUAGACAGGUGCUGCCGGGAGUGAUGGUGGGAGUUGUGGAGUGCAGAGAGCCUCCACGGAUGACUUCCACAAGCCCCAAUGUUACUUCAGAAAGACAUACAACUGCAAGGUCUCUAUGUCCGACGCCAAUCCCCAAUGCCCCAGUGCCGCAGAGGUCUAGUGGACUCAUUUCAAAAGCCUUGGAUUACGUCCUCGGCUGGUGACAAAUACUUUACCAAAUAUAUGAGACUGACUUUCAAACAAUGUGGAAGUGUAAUUAGUUAUUAUUACUUAUAAUUUAAAGCUGGUCGCACAUCGGAUAGCACCGAGCGCAUAUCCAUUUUAAUGCAGUGCAGCUUUUUAAAUUCACAAAGUUUUUUUUAGCUUCGCCAUACUAUUAUUACAAGGCGCCCGUAAAGGUUAUUCCACAGCUAACCCUGCCCUCAGCAAUUCUAGAAACUAGAAACUUCACAUGCCAACUGCAUUGAACUCAUUAUAAGUUAUCAAUACAAAAAACUCACACCAGUUAAUUAAACUCACAUACUACUGAGAUGUGUGUAACUUUCAAAUAGCAGGUUUAAUAUUAAAGAAAUGUUGUAUAUUGCUACACCUGGCGUGGGAGCUUCAGUCAAUUUAACACAUCAAUUUUCGAAAUGUCUUCCUAGAUUAAUAAAUUGUAGUAAAGAGUUUGUUGACAAAUGAAUUGUAAUACAGUCAGGGCCCAGUACCCUUUGCAAAGUUCAAUAAUUGGAACGUCAAGUUUAAAAUCGUUGUAUUUUGGAACAACAAAAUUAAAUAAAAUUUAUCAUUAUUGUAAAAGCUUAAGUUAUUUUCGAUUUAUGUUAUUAAAAUAUCACUGGUUUCAUAAUGUAGGAAACCUGCAUGCCUGAGAGUUCUCCAUAAUGUUCUCAAAGACAUGUGAAGUCCACCAAUCCACACAAGGUCAGUGUUUUGGUAUACAGCCUAAAACCUUCUAACUGUGGGAGGAGACCAGUGCCCUGUAGUGGGUCGAUGUUAAAUCUUAAGCUUGUACAUAGUUCUACAACUAGUCCUCUUGGCAAAACGUUUGUUACUUAAAAAUUUGCUGUACAGAAAUUGCGACUCUUAAAAACAACAUUACAACAGGUCUAUUUUGCUAUGAAAUGAUUGACACGCGGAAGCGACUCCACUUUUGCAAGCAUGCACAUCUAUAUGAAGGGUACGGCCUCAAUUGGCGAAUAUCUUCAAAGAGCAUCCCUAAACGCUACAAAGAUAUGCGGCAUGGUACUUCUGUGUGUGCAAUCAUCUUUGAUUCGCGAGUUUACUAACGAUUUCAUAAUAAAUGAAUGAAAUAUUGAAUCAAAAUAAAUCAUGUGUGACAGCGUGCUGCGAGUUCGGUGCGUAUGCGGUCAGCUUGAAUGCUCGCGAACUCAAUUUGUGUACUAUGUAACAUUGAUUUUCAAUAUAACUUUGAUAGUGAAAAGGAAAGAUUUUGAUUUUUAAAUGGAAACGCAACGAAAAAUGCAUUAUCCAACUCUCAUUCUCAUAAAAUUCUUGUUAAUGCUCCCCAUGAUCGGACUUAAACUGCUUUUUUAUGCUUUUGUGCAUAAGUUUGUAAAAAUAAAAGUCCAUCAAAAAUGUGGAUAUGAUAAAGCAGUAAAAUAUGCUGAUUACAAGCAUUAUCUCAAAUUCCAAGGUAUAUAAUAUGCUAAAGACGAUUAAAUUAAUCAUAUAAAAACGAAAUCAUUUAAUUGUCUCCCUAAAUUUUCUAAAACAGUCAUUUUCUCCUUUAGUAAACAUAAAUAAGUUCGGGUGAACUCAUAUCAGAUUUUCUUUUGGCUUCAAAGUUGUAUUGACCGCAAAGCAGAGCGUUGAGAAAAAAGUUUUUAAAAUGUACAUAACAAUUAUGCUGGUAUUAAAUAAGAAGUCGAAUAAAAUAUUAAUAAAUUA